ACAGUAUCUGCGUCUUAAUUUUACCACACUACGGAAAACCGCCACUCUUGACGUCACAUUUAAUUUGUCAACAAUCAAAGCCGCGUUCACACCCCGCGUGACGUCAGACAUAGUGUGACGCAACAUUCGACCACUCUUUAAAGCUUACAUCGUGACGUCAUCAUCGAGAGGCAAUCUGCCGAAGGGGUGAAGUGGAGCCCCCUGCUGGCUAUUGAUCAGCGACAACAGCGGGAUCAUCAUCAUCAUCGUCUCUGCCACUCACGAAGAAGCCGCCAUGACCUACUAUGUCAAGCUGCAGCAGAUGACUCGCUACAAACAACAAACAGAUGUGGAUGAUGAUACGAGCUCAGUUGGGUCAGCCCGCACUGAGGAACUCCCCACCGGUACCACCACCGUCCAUUAUCACAUGGGUUCUCACUGGUGGCGUUCUCGCACUGCUCUAGAAAAGGCGCUGUUGGUGGGUUGGAUACUCUUACUGGUGGUGGUAACAGUACUGGUGGCUGUUUUGCAUAUCCAAGCAAAGUCCCAGCACACUUUAAACAAGCUUCGUCCUCACACAGGUGCUGGUGAUGUAUGCUUAACCCCAGAAUGUGUUAUGGUCUCUGGGUCUGUGCUCAGUAGCAUGGAAACUAAAGUAAAUCCAUGUGAUGAUUUCUACACGUAUGCUUGUGGGGGAUGGGUGAAGAAGAACCCUAUUCCUGAAGGCAAACCAGUGUGGGGCACACUAAGCAAACUGGCUUCAGACAAUCAGAUGAUUAUGCGUAAUGUUCUAGAGUCCACAGCAAAGACAGAGAGCAAGGCAGAGGAGAAAGCUCGUGUGUUUUAUCGCUCCUGUAUGGAUGCCAAUAAAACCAUCGAGAAACUUGGUAGCAAGCCAAUUCUCAAGCUAAUUGAGGAUAUGGGUGGCUGGUCCAUUACCGGAAACUGGUCUGAUGAAAACUAUAGUUUAGAAGAUGACGUGAUCAGAAGUAAAAUCGAUUUCAACUCUGGUGCAUUGUUCUCCUGGGGGGUUGCUGAGGAUGACAAGAAUUCCUCAAGUCACAUCUUGCAGUUUGAUCAAGGUGGUCUGACCCUCCCAGCCCGCAACUACUACUUAAACGAAUCAGAAAAAGAAGUUGUUGAUGCUUACAUUGAAUAUAUAACAAAGGUUGGAGUGCUGUUAGGGGGAGAGGAAAAUGCCACCAGACAGGCAGCCACAGCCAUAUUGAAAAUAGAGCAUCAGCUGGCUGUCAUCACAACCCCAGACGACGAGCGUAGGAAUGAUGAGGAUCUCUACCACAUUAAGACGAUUGAUGAACUAAACGCUAUGGCACCAUUUAUGGAUUGGGGAACUUUUAUUAAUAGCGCAUUUAAUAAAAUAAAUAAAAAAUUUGGUAAUUCAAGAAAGGUAGUCGUAUAUGCACCAGAAUUUCUUCAGAGUCUUGCAGAUAUUCUUCAUAAUACAACAGACACCAGGGAAGGAAUUAUAAAUCUCCACAAUUACCUGGUGUGGCAGGUUGUCCGCGACUAUGUUGGCUUCCUAUCGCAAGACUUUCGAGAGGCUGCUAAAGUCCUAGAAAAGGCACAGAUGGGGGUGGUUGGGACAGAGGAGACUUGGAGAGAAUGUGUCGUGGCUACAGAUGCCGCUCUGGGACCUGCUGUUGGAGCAAUGUAUGUUCGUGAAGCUUUCCAUGGAGACUCAAAGGUUAUGGCUGAAGAGAUGAUCAAAGGAAUCCGUAAAACAUUUAAAGAAAAUUUGGAGUCUGUGCACUGGAUGGAUAAAGCAACUCUUAAAGCUGCCAUACAGAAAGCUUCUGCUAUAUCAGAGAUGAUUGGUUUUGCAGACUAUAUCCUUGACCAAGGGGAGCUGGAUGCAAAAUAUGCUGACCUAAAAAUAAAAGAAAAUGAGUUCUUUAAGAAUAAUAUUCGUGUGAGCAUCUUCAACUUCAAAGAGAACCUCGGUCGCUUGUAUAAGCCGGUGAAUAAGACACGUUGGGACAUGUCUCCACCCACAGUAAAUGCUUAUUAUUCUCCAACAAGGAAUGACAUUGUCUUCCCAGCGGGUAUACUCCAGGCACCAUUCUUCUACAAUGACAAUCCUAAGUCACUCAACUAUGGUGCAGUGGGUGUAGUCAUGGGACAUGAGCUGGCACAUGCCUUUGAUGAUCAAGGAAGAAAGUAUGACAAGGAUGGCAACUUAAACCAAUGGUGGCAACAGGAGACUGCAGAUAAAUUCAAGGACCUAACUCAGUGCAUGGUAGAACAGUACUCAGGAUACAGCCUACGAGGAGAGCAUUUAAAUGGCAAACUAACAUUGGGUGAGAAUAUAGCUGACAAUGGAGGACUUAAAGCAAGCUUCCGGGCCUACCUGGAAUGGGUGAAAGAGAAUGGGGAAGAGAAAGCUCUACCAGGUAUCUCCCUAAACCACCAGCAACUCUUCUUCCUUGGCUUCUCUCAGGUAUGGUGCUCCUCUAUCACAAAAGAAGCAGCCCACUUGGAGAUCAUGAAAGACUCUCAUGUACCGGGUGAAUUCCGUGUAUUUGGUUCUCUCACAAACUCUGAAGAAUUUGCUACAGCUUUCAAUUGUCCAAAAGGAUCAAAAAUGAAUCCAAAGAAGAAAUGCACAGUUUGGUGAAACUAAUGAGGUACUCUUAUAUUCUGAGGAGUUUUUUUAAGAAGGAAAGUUAUAGUGAAUGUUGAAUAUUCAGAAAGCUAAAAUUGAAGUACAAUAUUAUUACUGUAUAAUCUUUUCAGUUCUUGCCUUUAGAUUUUGGUUCGUAUCAUAUCAACAGUUUAUAAGCAAUUUAGAAUGGCUCACUUUCAGUGUUUGGUAUUUUUUAGGUUCAUAAACAUACACAGUGUGCAUGUACAGCAUUGAAAAUGUUAAUAUGUACUAUGGCAUACAGGAAUUUGAAAAAUAAAACUUAUCUUGAAAAUAA